CCAAUAUCGAGGAUCGGUGGAGAAUCAUGGCGACAGACUCACAGAUGACGGUAGCCAGAGCUGGAAAGAGUUUGCCUCCAGCGCCGCUGUCCAAGGCGACCAGACAGGUCGUCCCAGCGUUCCUGCAAAAGCUUUACGAGAUGGUCAACGAUCCAAAGAACUCAGAUCUUAUACGCUGGUCAGAUACGGGAGACUCGUUUUUCGUGCUCGACCACGAGCGUUUCGCUCACGACGUCCUGGGCCGUUGGUUCAAACAUCGUAAUUUCAGCUCCUUCGUUCGCCAAUUAAACAUGUAUGGAUUCCAUAAGAUCCCACACUUACAACAAGGCGUUCUAAAGAGCGAUAACGAGACAGAGUUUUGGAACUUUGCUCAUCCAAACUUCCACCGCGGCCAGCCUGACCUUCUCUGCCUGAUCCAACGGAAAAAAGCCUCGAGCCAACAAGUAAAUAACGAUGACAUCGACCUCCGAGACUCGACUCCUACAGCCAAUGGCCAGGUCCUCGAUAUCCAGUCCGUCAUUAAUGGCAUUACCGCCAUCAAGCGACACCAAACCACCAUUUCUGCCGAGCUGAACGAGCUGAAGCGCUCGAACCAGCUGCUGUGGCAGGAUGCCAUGGCUGCCCGCCAAAGAUACCAGAAGCAGCAGGACACGAUAAACCGGAUCGUCAAGUUCCUGGCUGGUGUCUUUGGAAGUACGGUGAAUCGGACAAAGGAUGGUAGCCCUGAACCUCACGUCGUCAUUCCACGGAGGGCUGCCAGGUUCUUGAUUGAGGAUGCGAAGAGGGAAGGGAAGGGCAUUGUGGAACUCGACGACUUAUAUGCUCCAGAGGACAUGGCCACUCCUAUAUCCAUCACCUCAGUCGAAAGCGAUAACCAUGUCGAGACGACGCCAGUUCCUCAACCAGCCCCAGUACAACCCGAACCUGAACCCAAGCCCACAGACAGAGCCGUGACCCCUCGCCAACCGUCUCCCUCAUACGACUUUGACCCUCGCGUUCACGGAAUGCUCUCCCAGCUCACCCAAUCCCAGAUCCAAACCCUCCUCAAUACCCUCGCCUCCCAACCAUUAGGGGAUGCCAACACUGCUUCCUCGAACCCGACUUCCAGCACCCACCUCACUCCUUAUCAACCACCCCCAUUCGACUUCUCUAUGAUCCCUUCUACCCCCGGCACUUCGAACGAGAGCCACGUUCCCGUGGUAUCUCCGCCUGCCGCACCUCCUACCGAAGGCCUGAUCUCAUUUAACUCGUUUGAUGGAUUCCCCACUGAGCGGAUGGAGCGACAAUGGCAACAAGCGGAGGACAUCGACCGGGACGUCAACGCGCUGAACACCAGCAUCCACUCCCUCAUCCAAACGUUUGGCCUAGACCCCAAUAUGUUCGACUCCAUGGACACCUCCACUGACCCCACCAACCCCACCAACCCCGCUGCUCCCAACCCCUCUGUCUCGAUCGACCACAACGCACAUCCACCUACCGCCCCCAACGUCUCUGCGCCCUCAGCGGACACCAUGGCUGGCCCAAGCGGCGCGCUUUCGAAUGAUCUCGGGCCGGUGCCUCCCGCUGAUUUUGAUUUCGAUGCCUUCCUCAACACGUUGCCCUCCGCUUCGGCCAACGAUGGUAUGGAUUACACCGAUGCUGCAUCUACAGCGUUCCUGGACGAAGUACCAUCGCCAGCCAGUACGACUACCUCGCCGGUGCAGAAUCUCCGCGGCUUAUCGCCUGAGAUCUCGACGAAUGGUGGGUCAGGGCUGGCGGUUCCUCAACCAGUGAUCCCGACGGCCAAUGCUGGGACUAAGCCUCCCACCGCUUCACCUGGGCUCGGGCGGAAACGAAAAUCGGAUGUGUCCGAGCUGGAUGGCGGGGCGUUGGCUAUGCAGUUCCAGACUGUCACGCCCUCCGCCAUCCUGCCUGGUGUGACUGGUUCUCCGCACCUCCACUCGGCUUCCUUGUCGACCAACGCGGCUAACAGCAAGUCGAAGAGGAGGAAGGAAAAGUAAAUUGUUGUAUCGAUCGACGGAACAGAAGAAGCCGAAGAAGGGACCAACGAUGUACAGUACCAGGCGACUUGACGGACCGGUUUGCUUUCUUUUUCUUCCCCCUGGGUGUCGAUGAACGUUUUUUCUACCUUGUAUUUUAGCAGCCCCUCCCCUCCCCUUCCUUUCGCACUAUCUUAUUGGCUAUUCAAUUGGAAACCACGAUGUCUUUCCCCCUCGCUUCCCCUGAUUCCCCCGCUUUCUCAUACCAUGCCUUCACCUUUCCCCCUCAAUUUCCCGCCCCACUUCCUUUUCGAUAUGUCCUCAUUAUCGUGUUGAUGGGAGUUGUCUCUUGUUGUCAUGUUUCUCUUUUCCUCUGUUUCCCUCCCUCACUUCCCUAUAAAUACAC